GGAAACGAGAAAGAGACUGAAGCCGCGCCGGUCAGCAAUUUUUGCCUAUUCUAAUGACAUUCCCAAAGGUCUUUGCGAAAGCUAACUCGGCCGCCCAGUAUCCUCCUCUUUUAUAAAGUGGUGAAUAAUAUCGUAUCUAUAUCGCAACAUAAAAUGUUCCCGACCAGAGCUGAUAACUUGUUUUGUUUGUUAGGUUCUUUUUUCUUUUCCUAUCAUGAAAUAUAAACGCUCAUAUAUCCCUGUACUUUUAAGCAAUAGACCACUCGAAAAGCUUGUAAAUCACUCGCCUUCGGCUCGUGAUUUACAAGCUUUCUCGUGUUCUCCCAACAUCCCAAGUGGGUUAUCUCUUGGGUAAAACCAUAGAAAGUGUGGUCUAUUGCUUUUUAUAAAAUAACUUUUAGUAUAAUGGAGUCUUCUAGGAAAAAUUUAUGGUUCUAGUACCGUGAUCAAGUCACGUCUUUCUCUAAAGUCACCAUAAGCCAAUCAUGACUCACGAAUCAAUAGCGUUGAACUUUCUCAAAACAACAAACAGCAGCACUUCAAAAACACGAGUUUUUGCAGUCAUUACAUGAUAACUUAUGAAAGCUGUUUUACAGGAAAAGUCAACACAUAUUCAUGCGAACGUACAAUGAAAGAAUGCUUUCAUGGUUUGUUUACUACAGAAGUAGAAAUUAAUUGAACAUCAGACUGUACGCAGCUGUAUUUUGUUGAGUCGAUCCGUAAAAUUUCGUUGUUACAGACAGAACUGACAGCUAUUGUAAUGGAGGACUUCAUUCACUUUUUACAAGCCGCAGUGGUUUAAGAUCUGUUUUGUGGACGUUAUUAUGAUCAGGAAAUGCUGCGGUAACGACGUGGCUGCAUUUGCGAAGUUGUUCCAUGUAACUUUAUAUGCACGUACAGCGACCGAUGGAAAUAUGUCAUUCGUGGAGAAAGGUUUCUUUUGCCGUAGCCACAUAUUGGCGUUAAUAUUUAUCGAUUCGUGAAGUCAGGUGGUUUGAGGUAGGUUAUGGCAUCGACAUCACCGAAUAAUUUGUGCAAAUGUUGGAAUAAACCAGCCCGAAACUCUGACAUCUUUCACCAUCGUUGGCAGCUUGUUUUACAACCUACGGCGGCCGAUUUUCUCCCAUAUCUUGAUCAGAGACCUCUUUUGGAACAAUUUCUUUCAUUAAGGAAUUUAAUUUUUGACAUAAAAUAAAUCAAGAAUACUAAAACUAUCCGUUUUGUUGCUGGUUGGCACAUGGUUAAGUUUUCCUGGAGACUUUCUACCAGAAAUUCACACAGUUGUUGUCUUUCUCUUCGAUUUGGCAUCGUCGUGAAAUGUAAACUGUUUUCAGCUGUGUACUUUAUACCUUCUAAAGCUAUGGAAGUAGCGAAUUGUGACGCUCAGUAAUAAAAUGUGAAACCAACGCUUUUAAUAUUAAGAAGGGCUGGGCAAGUAACUUUUGUUCUGUUUUUUAGCCUUUCUAAAAUCGUUGUUUGCAGAUCAAUUAAGCCGGUUUUGUGUAUGGCUCGUGGUCCGGAUGCCUUUUCUAUGGGUUUACCGGCAUAAUAAACCAUAGGUAUUUGACCAAUCAGAUCACGCGUACUAUCUCAGUUAUUUUAUAAUACUAAAUAAACAUCUUCAUAAGGCUGAGAAGUUUACCUUAGCUGGGGUUUCAUUGCCCGCAGAUCCCUGUUGGUCCUUAUUGAGUAUGUACCGUAUGGUGACCUGCUGGAG